CUGAGGUUUUCCCACCAACCUACAUGUAACCCGAUCAAUAUGUAUAACUACCGAGUGUCCUUUCAAAACACCGCAUUCAUAGGCAGGCUAGACGUGCGGUUGUAUUGACACGAUAUACAAGCCAAGACUUCUUGUGAAGCACGACGACUUUCAGACUUUACAAUGCCUCGGGCGCGAGACACGGUCUAUCGGUCAAAGAUGGCCUUCGCUGACCAUCAGGACUACAAUUCAAUACGGGACAAGUGUUUGUCCGAAGGGGUGUUGUUCGAGGAUCCGGAGUUCCCGGCAGAAGUUGCCUCCCUAUGUUACACCAAACCACCCGACAGGACAGUCAUAUGGAGACGACCGCACGAAUUCUGCGAGAAUCCACAGUGGAUUAAUGAAGACUUCAGUCGAUUUGAUGUUGUACAGGGAUACUUAGGUGAUUGUUGGUUGUUGGCUGCCGUGGCCUCGCUUACCUGUAAUAAAAGGCUUCUUGCGCGAGUAGUCCCCCCUGAACAAAGUUUCCAAGAUGGCUACUGUGGGAUUUUCCACUUCCGGUUGUGGUACCAAGGACAGUGGGUGGAUGUGGUGGUGGACGAUCGACUGCCGACCUUUGACCGCGACAACCCUCAACUGCUUUACAUGCACUCCUCAAGCAGGACUGAAUUCUGGAGCGCUCUCUUGGAGAAAGCGUAUGCUAAGAUGUACAGAUGCUAUGAGAGUCUUCAAGGCGGCAGUGCGAUAGAGGCCAUGGAAGACUUGACGGGUGGGCUAGGCGAGACAAUUGUGAUCGGAGACAUUCCACCCGACCAACUGACUGAGGUGAUGGAAAAGACGCUAGAGAGAGGAGGUGUUAUGACCUGCUCGAUGACCAUAAAAGAGCCCGACUUCUCUGUGAACGUCCGCAGUUCAAUCGAGGGCUUGCUUGGAAACCAUACUUACAGCAUCACAGGCCUAAAACUGGUUCCGCUGAUGGACGGGUCGAAAACAAGACUGAUCAGGAUCCGGAAUCCCUGGGGAGAUGGACAGGAGUGGAGAGGGAAAUGGGCAGAUGGCGCUUCUGAGUGGAAUCUGGUAGCACAAGACACCAGACGACAGUUGAGUGUGCGCGACGAUGAGGACGGAGAGUUCUGGAUGUGUAUGGACGAUUUCAGAGGCCAUUUUAGCAAAAUUGACCUGUGUAAUCUGGACCCGCUUCAUCUUGGGGAGGUCGGGGUGACCACUGACAAACAAUGGGACGUCGCCAGCUACAAUAAGUCGUGGAUCAAAUAUGUCAACGCCGGCGGUUGCCUCAAAUAUGUUGACUCGAUGUGGAAGAACCCUCAGUUCCGUGUGAAGCUGAUGGAGACAGACGACACCAGUGGACGGUGCACCAUGAUUGUGGCUCUCAUGCAGAAGGACACGCGACGCCUCUUCAAAGACGGACACGAGUACCUGGGCAUAGGUUAUGUCAUAUACAAGCUUCCUGAAUCAAAUGAAGGCAGGCCGCUGGACAAGGAGUUCUUCCAACAGAACAGGCCAGUGGGGAAGAGCAAGGCCUUCUCUCAGACCAGGGAGGUGUGUGGACGACACCAUCUUCCAAUCGGCGACUACGUCAUCAUUCCGUCAACAUUCCAACCAGAUCAGGCGGCAUACUUCCUGUUGAGGAUAUUCACAGAGAAACAGAAGUCCUUCAGUGAGAUGGAUGACGUCACAUCGUUUGAGGAAAUCGACUCACCUGACGGUGUGGAUGGUAUAAUGGAGGACCUGGAUCAUCUCAUGAUAGAUGUAGGGGAGGAAGAGAUAAUUGAUGCUUACAGACUGAAAGAGAUCCUGGGUUUAUUAUUUGAAACUGAGUUCACGUUCUCGGGGUUUUCGCUUGAAGCCUGCCGCAGCAUGAUCGCCCUGAUGGAUCAUGACAUGACCGGCAGUCUGGACUUCACGGGAUACAAGGACCUGUGCCGAAACAUACUGGACUGGAAGGCAUGCUAUGAGGCGAGUGGUGCCGACAAAGACGGAAUGCUCAGCUCCUAUUACUUGAGACCCUUCCUCAACCUACUGGGUUACCGAAUCAGUAACGACACUCUACAAGCGUUGGUGCUGCGCUACGUCAACAGGGACGGCAACAUGGACUUCGGCGACUUCAUCCUGUGUAUAGUCAGACUCACAAAUCUGCUAGAAAGGUUUGACAGCCCUGAUGUGAAGACUUCUGACACCAAGUCUCUCGACAAGCUCCUACGCGCCGCCAUCUACUCCUGAUCAAGCCAGUGUUUUCAUCCACCAGUCGCCUCUUUUCACUCAUCCAUGGAUCCAUUUGUUAAUUGAUGCUGCUGUGAAAUCUUGUGUGAAGAGCAAGAUCAUCUUUGGUUCACUGUCAUUGCUCCUACUGAACAGGGUAUAUAUUUAUAUAAUGACCCAGUAUAUAUUUAUAUUGUGAACCAGUUCUCUGUAUGCUGGACGGAGGGUACGUGGCAUUAGUGCGGGCCUAUGUGGGAACUAGUGUUUUGGAUACUCAACAUAAUGAUGCAUUCGUAAAAAAGGCAUUAUUGUCAUGGGUAUGAGUAGGUUUUACAGAUACCAUGCAGAUGUUUGGUUAUCAUAUUGACAGGAAUGGAACAAUUGUGAUUUUAAUUAGGCCCUGUGGGUAAAUUUGACAAUCCAAAGUUUGAAUGUCUUCCAGUGAGCGUUUUCCAACUCAGGUGUUGUUGUUUAGUAAAGACAAAGUCACCAUGACAACAAACUACAGUGCAUAGACACCAACGUCAUCCUGAGCGGAAGUAGAUACGGUUCUGAUACGGUCAACCGGAAAUAGCCACUAAGGUAACCUUGACAGGGCAAAGGCAGAGAGGUCGCUGGAAAUAGACACGAAGGUUAGUGUGGGAAACACAAUGAGUACCAAAGUCAUGACAGCUGAACAAUGGAAUUGGGCAUUUGACGGAAGUGCCUCGUGAAUACAAGGUUACCUAUCACGAUUGAUAGCAUCAUGGGUAAAGCGUCCGCUCGUCAGGCUGAAGACCCGUGUUCGAUUUCACACAUUUCCGGAGUUCCCCCGCCGUGAUAUUGCUGGAAUAUUUCUUUCUGUAUGAGAAAGUGCGUGAAAUUGGUGAACAACGCCUUCAACAGUAUUUUAUUUAUACGAUGGGGUAAAAACAAGAUGUGUACCUGGACAUUUGACAGACCCAGCAGUGUUGAGUUUUCUCUGUGUGUGUGCGCUGCCAGGGUCACUUCUUCUUUUUGAUAUAUUUUGUAAAUAUGUGACUUAUUUUGUCAAUAAAAUCUGAAAACAGAA